AUGGUCAAGAAGAUGAAGCUUCCUUUCAUCUGCAAGAAAACAAAUACCAAAGGAACAUGGAAAUUGUCACUUUUUAAGCAAUUCAAAGCCAUUUCAUUCAUAAACAAGCCCAAAACUAUAAAGAAUUCCAAUUCUGUUUUAUCAGACACUGCCAGGUUUGUUUCAGUGCUGGACUCCUCGUGGUCCCAGUCAAGAAAUGGCCUAUCACUGCCUAAAGGUUCUGAAGAACUGCUUGAGAUGGAUAGCAAGGCACUGAGAUCAGACAGGCUGUUUUUCGAGCCAGGCAACACGAAUUCGAUACUAGAGGCAGCCAGGUUCCCUUUCAAGGAUUGUGUAGCACUGGCCUUAGAGACAGGGGAUCCUUAUAUGGAUUUUCGAAUUUCAAUGGAAGAAAUUGUUGAGGCUUGUGAACUGAAAGAUCAGGAGCAUCUAGAGGAGUUACUGGCCUGGUACUUGAAGAUGAAUAGAAAAAAUAACCAUGGCUUUAUAGUGGGAGCCUUCAUCGACAUGUUUGCCACGGUAAAUUCAUAUUCCUCUUCUAGUUUUAUUUCUGCUUCUUCAGCUUCAUCUUCCAGAACAGGAGGCUAG